UCUUUUUUUUUUUUUUUUCUUUUUUCUCCUUGUCCUUCUAUGUCACCCAGAGAGGAAGGGAGGGAAUUCUCAAAGGGGAAAAGAAGAUCAUUCCCAUUUUCUUUCAUAACACACACAAUGGGAAGGGGGAAAGCAUACGAAUCCACAACCUAUCUGGAUAAUUAUCAUGGAAUGUGGAAAACCAUAUGUGCUAAGGAAAAAAAAAAAACAUCUUUACCUCCUAUGUUUGUGGCAUAGGAGAGGCGUCUUUAGGGCAUCAAGGUUUAAUUCAUGUAUAAUUAAGAGUCAUAUCUAUUUAGGAUCACGGACGCGGGAAUUAAAUAUUAUGGGAUAUUUCUUAUACCUUUUUCUUUUUCUUCUUUUCUACCAUCUCUCAAAUCAGAGAUGCGAAAAAACUUUGGUACAUCUCUCGCGCCUGUUCUACUUACACCUAAACAAGUAAACCGGUUACAGACGCGAUAUAUCUCAAACAUACAACUCUCACAU